AUGCUGGCCAGCAAGGCGGCCGGCUCACUCGCCCUGUCGAGGGGCCAUGGCGGCCUGCGCCGCCACUUGCAUGCCACCUCUGCCCCUCGCGCCGACUUUACCCAUGCCGUCAUCGGAGGCGGAGUCGUCGGCCUCGCCAUCGCGCGCCAGCUCUCCCAGCGACCCAACACGAGCACCGUGCUCAUCGAGCGGCACGCGGCCCUCGGGACCGAGACGUCGUCCCGCAACAGCGAGGUGAUCCACGCGGGCAUCUACUACGGCCGCGAGAGCCUCAAGGCGCGCCUGUGCCUGCGCGGCAAGCACCUCCUGUACGACUUUUGCGCCAAGCACGGCGUCCCGCACCGGCGGGUGGGCAAGUGGAUCGUCGCGCAGGACGACGCGCAGCGGGACCAGCUGGAGAAGCUGCGCGGCGACUGCGCGGCGCUGGACGUGCCGACCCGGUGGGUCUCGGAGGGCGAGGUCCGGCGCCGCGGCGAGGGCGUGCGGGCGCGGCGCGGCGCCCUCGAGAGCCCGACCACCGGCAUCGUCGACGCCCACGCCCUCAUGGCCGCCCUGCGGGGCCUGUUCGAGCACCACGGCGGCCUGGUGGCCCUGCGGGCGCCCGUCACCGGCGUGCGGCCCCUGGGCCCCGGCCGCGGGUGGCGGGUCGACGUGCGCGACGCCUCCGCCGCGGGGGAAGCCACGGCCUCCGUCACCGCCGAGGCCCUCGUCAACGCCGCCGGCCUGGGCGCCGUCCACAUCCACAACAUGGUCGUCCCGGAAGCCCGCCGCCGGAAGCUGUACUUUGCCAAGGGCAACUACUUCGCCUACGCGGCCGCCCGCCCCCGCGUCUCCCGCCUCGUCUACCCGGCCCCGACGCCGGGGGCCGCCGGCCUGGGCACCCACCUGACCCUCGACAUGGCCGGCCGGCUGCGCUUCGGCCCGGACGUCGAGUGGGUCGACUCCCCGGACCACCUGGCCGUGAGCGAGGCCCGGCUCGCCCGCGCCGCGGACCAGAUCAGGGAGUACCUGCCGGGCGUGGACCCCGAGCGCCUGCACCCCGACUACGCGGGCAUCCGGCCCAAGCUGACGCACGGGGGCUCCGCGCAGAUGGGCGCCAACUUUGACGACUUCGUCGUCCACCUCCAGGACGGCCGCGACUCCUGGGUCGACUGCUUGGGCAUAGAGAGCCCCGGCCUGACGAGCUGUCUGGCCAUAGCGGAGCGGGUGCACGACCUCUUGUACGCGAGGCCCACGUAA